GGAAGCCCUCGUCCUGGUUCUCACCUCCUCGCCUACCCUCUUAACCGCUGUGAGGUUUUUCGUUGUGUCCUCCCAGCCUUUCUCCUCUGACGGCGGUCCCGUCAAGUACUCGGGUGCUCCCCGCGGCGAGUCCAUCCACGACCGCCGUCAGGUCGCCCCCUCCCCGUCCCCUCGCGGCCCGCGCGGUACCGCCCACCCUCUGCAGUGCGCGCGCGGGGACGGCCGCGUUGGGACCCGUGCGACACACAGACGUGCCUGGGACAGUGUUCGCUCCUGUGGCGCAGGUGCCGCCCGCGGGGCGUCGUGCAGCCUGGCGCCGGUGAGGGACGGGCGCACUUUGUUCUCAGCGCCCCGCUCGCGGCCCAGAAAGUCCCGUGAGGAAGUGACAUUUAGGCCGAAAUCUGAAGGACGUGGAGUCCACCGUGCGACUGUCUGGGAGAAGCCAAAACCCGGGGCCGAAGGAGCGUGGCGUAGCUGAGCAGGGGGGAGGCGAGGCGGCCAGAGCGAGCUAAGGGCUGAGCGCACGGGCCUAGUCCAGGGACACCUGAACCCCCGGGGCUGAGGAGGCCACAUCCCGGCCAACGAAAAAGUAAAAGAACGGGCAGAUUUGUGUCCGAACAGUCCGGGGGGAUGGCAGCGUGAUUUCAAGGACGGGUGCGAGACGGCCCGGCCGGGGGAAGAAAUAGGGAAACCGUGGAGUUUGUGGCACGGCUGGAAGGCCGACCGGGAGGCGAGAGGACGCGCAGAAGGGGACUGGCAGGGGGCCAGCAGAGGCACAGCCCGGACACUGUGCGCGGACGGCUCGACUGGCCCCUGUCGGAGACGCAGACGCUUUGCAUACUGUGUUUCCACCGGCACCGACAGCCUGUGCCCGGAUCGCCGUGUUCCCACGCUCCAGCGCCCUGGUGGCCUCGUCACAGCCUUUCCGCGAGGGAUGAGGGCGCGGCCUCCGCUGUGUUCUCAACAUGCGCGCCUCGUCGAAAGAACGAGGCCAGACAUUUUCAGUCCCAAGCUCUGCCUUGCCGCACUGGCUUGUCGGAGAAACCGCACACGGUCCCAGUUGGAGGGCUGUUGCUAAUGAAACCCCGAACGUGUCUCGGUCGAGACGGAGGGAGGGGUGCGGCGGGGCGGGCGCUGCGUGUUCACUCUGCUCCACCAGGGGGCAGACCCGCCCAACAAGUAGCCUUGUCUUCCAGAGCAUCCCGCUCUUUUCAAACGGAGCUGGUCUCCCAACUGAGGGCUGGGAACACCAACACCGGAAUUCGCGCGCCGCCCCUGCAAGGUUUCCGUCCCUUGAAUCAGCCCCGAUUUUUGUCAGCUCCCAGGGCCAUCCCCACCUCCACCCUUCUUCCCGCAAAACUUUCCCUUUUCCCCUAAUUCCUCUAAAGCUCGUCCUCCUCUGCUCAUUUGGGUUAAACCUCUGGUUCCAUUCACCCCAGCCUCCCUGGCCUAAGACUGCCAGAGUGAGAUCAAAAGAGGGGAGUGAUGGCAAGCCAGACGCUGUGUGGGUGGGAAAUGGCCUGGGAGACGGGCCAGCCCGGGCCCGGGGAGCAGAAGGCCGGCCAGGCCGGGCUGCCGCGGCCGCGGGAGGAAAGGGGUGGGCGGGCAGGGGGUGGGGCCCAGAGGAGUGCCGCCUCCCCUCUAUCCCGGAGCUUGGGCGGAGAGGGAGGAAAACUUCCUGGCCUGGCUCCGGGCAGCUCCGUCCGCCAGCCCUCCGAUCCCGCCUACCAGUGCCCGGAGCUUCCCCACCCCUCCCCCGGCUCCCCAGUGUCCGCCAUGGCCAAAGCCUACGACCACCUCUUCAAGUUGCUGCUGAUCGGGGACUCGGGGGUGGGCAAGACUUGUCUGAUCAUUCGCUUUGCAGAAGACAACUUCAACAACACUUACAUCUCCACUAUCGGAAUCGACUUCAAGAUCCGCACUGUGGAUAUAGAGGGGAAGAAGAUCAAAUUGCAGGUCUGCCCCCACUCUGUUGCAGAAGCUAAAUUCUUAGCAGGGGGGAUUCUCUCUUCGGAGAGCUGUUCCCUCUGUGCCGCCCCACAAACGUUCCGCCUCUUCAGGGACACGGCUGGCCAGGAGCGAUUCAAGACGAUCACCACCGCCUACUACCGCGGGGCCAUGGGCAUUAUCCUAGUGUAUGACAUCACAGAUGAGAAAUCCUUCGAGAACAUUCAGAACUGGAUGAAAAGCAUCAAAGAGAAUGCCUCUGCAGGGGUGCAGCGUCUGCUGCUGGGGAACAAGUGUGACAUGGAGGCCAAGAGGAGAGUGCGGAAGGAGCAGGCCGAUCAGCUGGCUCGGGAGCAUGGAAUUCGAUUCUUCGAGACAAGUGCCAAAUCCAGCACAAAUGUGGAUGAGGCUUUCAGCUCCCUGGCCCGGGACAUCUUGCUCAAGUCAGGAGGCCGGAGAUCGGGAAACAGCCACAGGCCCCCUGGCGCGGACCUGAGAGCUUGUGACAAGAAGAGCAGCAGCAGGUGCUCCCUCGGCUGAGGACCCGGGCCUGGACGCUGGGCCGAGGGCGGGCAGGUGGCUGGGCUGCCAGAACCUGGCCAGGCUCCUGUGACACCAGGACCUGUGUGCAGCUGUCCCUUUCCUGCGAUUUCAUGGACAAGAGAACAGCAAGGAGGUUCUCUGAACCUGAGGGGCUGGACAUCCUUUCCAUGAUGGAAAUUAGAGGGUCCUUAGGGGCAGAACCUUGCCUAGUAUCCAGAAGGGCUCUUUCUUAGGCCUUCCCAGGGGAGAGACAGCCCUGGCCUCAGGAAAUAACAGGACCUUGUAUUGUUUAUCCCAUGAUUUCUUUAAGCGCCUUUGAUUCUGCCAGCAGUCCUUUUAGGUGGCUAGUAGGUGUUAUUUUCCACUUUUAUAGAGGAGGAAAAUGAGGCACAGAAGAGGCUCAUUUACUCCUAAAUCUUUAUUGAGCAUCUAGUAUGUGCCAAGCACAACAGUCAAGAUAAUAUAACUUUUGGGUGGAACUUGACGUGAUGGACAAGCAAAUUUUAACACAUACUGCUCCUAAAUACUGCACAACAAAGAGGCCAAACUACUGGCAUGCCAAAGAACUACCACCACCUUGACCCACAGCCCCCCUUUCACCCUUACACCACAGUAUCGAAACAGCAAACUUCUCUCACAGGACCUUUUAACAGGAUUAAUGAACAUAUCAGAUUUGGUUUAGGCAAAAUACCAUUAGAAGUGUAAUUCGCAGAUCUGAAGUUCAAGGCAUUUAAGAAAUCCCCAUGCCUGUGGCGUGGAAGUGGAUGGCAUGACCCUGGGGUCAGCAGCAAGGCUUUCUGUGCUGCUGUUUCUUGUUGGUAAAACACAACACCAGGAAAGGGCCUGGCCGUGCUGGGAGAAGAACUGUGGUGUGUUCGGAUAAAUGUGUUAGGUACCAAGCUUCCAUGGGGUGAAGAUCUUACCUGGAUCACGUCUGAGCUCUGUAGUCAACGACCCAGCGAGUGUAAUUUGCUCAAGGUUAUGAGGAAAGACUUACAUUUUGUGAAUCCCAGGAAGAACACUGACUAACCUUCACCAUACCCCAGGGCAAAGAUUUUAAAAGCCAGUUUCAGUGUGGAGGCUUAUUGUUGCUUGGUAAAGCGAGUGGAUGGGAGAGCUUUUGACCCUUGCCUGUCCAGAGACAUGGUAGGGUUUGAUAAGGAGUAACAGCAUGCUAGAAGGUUUCAGCCAAGACUUUUCCUACAGCUAAAAGCCACUGGAAAACACCCACACCUACUUCGGUAGCGCACAACUUCUGAUCCGCACAAAGAGUAAUGUAGGGGAAUGAGCAAGUAGUCACAGAAAAGUAAAGCUCAGUCCUCACAGUUUUUUUGUUCAACUCCUAUGCAGUGGUCUUUCCAGUCUGAUUGCUCCUGUUCUUGAGCAGCCAGCUUUACUCCCGAUGGGAAGUCAGAAUUUAUGGGACAUUGCACCCGUAAAUUUUAAUCCUAAAAUAAAGUACUGUAGCCCUGGGGUCGCGGGAGUAGCUGUCAUAUUUAGGCUAGGAACGCUUCUUGGGAGAGGAGAAUGUGGGGUGGCGUUAACAGAAGUCUGGGGACGAGCCCUUUCAUCUUGAGAAGUGGGGGACAGAUUACUAUUAGUGACCUUCUUUAUGUGAAUUUAAAUAUCUCCUUGAUAUUUAAGGACCGCUCACACGGUCCAGUUGUCUGGGAGGCUGUAGACCUGUAUGUGUGUAAAACUAGGAUGAAAAUAUGGGCAGAGUUAGAUAAUAACUAAUGCCACACAGUAAAGCAAGAGUGUGGGUCAAGUCUCUGCGUUCUGGAUACAUAUCCAGGGUUAACUCCAUGGGGAUGGAAAGCAGGGGUGAAUCUUUGGCCUUGGAGCUGAACGUCUGGGGCUCACGCCUUAGGUCCCCCACUCACUCGCUGGGUGACCUUGGACAAUCCCUUAUACUCUGAGUUUACUCAUAGAAUGGGACUGAUAACCUACUCUGACUCCUCAGGAAUACUGAAAAUCAAAACGACCUAAAUGUUGGAUUCAAAAACUCUGACAGUAAUGUGACGCGAUGCGAUUAGAGAAUAAAGGAAAUACUUUACUACA